AUGUCCUCAGAGUUUUUAUUGGUCCGUAGCCUCAGCUGUGAUUGGUCCGUGGCCUCAUCUGUGUUCUCCUAUAAUCAGACACAACAGAGCAGCGUGUCCCGGGACUCAGCGGCCUCAGGCGUCAGUCCCACUCAGACGAGGAGAACGAGGUGUUUGAUUCUGAGCUGCUCUAAUGAUGGCGCUCGCUCGUGUCGCUCUGGGAGAACUCCGGCGCCGGCGUUCAGAGGCCGCCUGGACGUGCCAGAGACGCGCUCAGCAGAAGACACAUGA